GCCAUUUGCCAGCUAGUUUCUGUCAACCAGCACAAGUUAAGACCAUGCUGUUGUCUCCACUGGCAGAGAGGAACUGGGAGGAUCUGUGUUUAGUGCUUGAAGAAGUGCUGGAGCACCAGUUCCACAGGCAGCUGUUCGCCUUAGAGCUGGGCUCUGGAACAGGGCAGCAUGUCAUACGCUUUGCCCAGAAGAUGCCCUUUGUUACCUGGCAGCCAUCAGACAUCAAAGAAGAGUCUCGGGACAGUAUUAAGGAAUACAUUGCUGCAACCUAUACAAAGAAUGUGCUGCAGCCUGUCCACCUGGAUGCCAGCGAACCGUGGGAGAAAUGGGCCGGCCUUUCUCGCAACUCCUGUGACGUUAUUAUUGCCAUUAACUUACUGCAAUACAGCUCAUUUCAAACAGCACAGGGUGUCUUCACUGGAGCCGGUCAGACCCUCAGACAAAAUGGCCUUUUGAUAACAUAUGCGGUGUAUGCCAUCAAUGGCACCAUCACACCGAGUUGUAACGAACACCUGGAUGCAGAGCUACGACAAAUGAAUCCAGAGUGGGGUCUUCCAGACAUCGAUGUGCUGAGACAGCUGGCCUACGGGAACGGGAUGCGCAUGGAGAGGAUGAUCGAGAUGGAAGAAUACCACAAAUGCCUCAUCUUCAGAAAACUAUGAAGAAGCCAAAGUGCACAAUUCGUAUACUUAUGCACGAAACUAUGUUAAAGUACGUCUCAUCAUAUCACUCAUCCAUGUCGUGUUAUGGCCUUUACCCUUCUUAUUGAAACAUGAAUGAAUGUGACAUGGAACACUAUAUUUACAUGAAUAAAAGUUGUCACACCUCUUUCUUUUUCAAUCCUUAAAUUAUACACACAAAAAAAAAUCCAAGUGAAAGCAAGUUGACAAUAAGAACCAGAUAUUUAUUAAAUAUAAUUUUAAA